AUGGCGCCGGCGCUGAGCGGGACUCUGGGCGCGUCGUCGGUGGCGGCGCUGCGGCCCUGCGCGGGCAGGAGGGCGCCGUCCGCCGCGACCUCGGCUGCGCCGCGGGGGAGCGGGGCGGUCAGGUGCGCCAGAGGGCUCAGGUGGGAGGCCCACAGAAGCAGGGGGAGGUCGCUCAGGGUGAGGUGCGAUGCGGCCGUCGCCGAGAAGCCCGCCGGGGAGGAGGCGGCUGGGGAGAAGUUCGAGUACCAGGCGGAGGUGAGCCGGUUAAUGGAUUUGAUCGUCCAUAGUCUAUACAGUCACAAGGAGGUAUUUCUCCGCGAGCUUGUUAGCAACGCAAGUGAUGCAUUGGAUAAGCUGAGGUUUCUCGGCGUGACUGAUUCCUCUUUGCUCGCUGAUGGCGGUGAGCUGGAAAUAAGGAUUAAGCCUGACCCUGAUGCUGGAACGAUUACUAUCACUGACACUGGUGUUGGUAUGACUAAAGAUGAGCUCAAGGACUGCCUUGGUACCAUUGCUCAGAGUGGAAAAAACAAAGACCUUGGGAAGGACAAUGGUCUAAUUGGUCAGUUUGGUGUUGGAUUUUACUCAGCUUUUCUUGUUGCAGAGAAGAUUGUGGUGUCCACCAAGAGUCCAAAAUCAGAUAAACAGUAUGUGUGGGAAGCUGUGGCUGACAGUAGCUCUUAUGUCAUCAAGGAAGAGACUGAUCCUGAGAAAAUGCUUACACGUGGAACUCAGAUUACUCUGUUUCUAAGGCCUGAUGAUAAGUACGAGUUUGCGGACCCUUCAAGGAUUCAAGGCUUAGUAAAAAACUACUCUCAUUUUGUGUCUUUCCCCAUAUACACAUGGCAGGAGAAAUCAAGAACUGUUGAGGAUGAAGAGGAUGAAGAGCCGAAAGAAGGUGAAGAGGCAACAGAGGGUGAGAAAAAGAAGAAGAAGAAGACUGUUACUGAGAAAUAUUGGGACUGGGAACUAGCCAAUGAAACAAAACCCAUAUGGAUGAGAAAUCCAAAGGAAAUUGAGAACACUGAAUACAAUGAGUUCUAUAAGAAGACAUUCAAUGAGUUUUUGGACCCUCUUGCCCACACUCACUUCACAACAGAGUUUCCAAGAUACUUGAGCUUUGUGAAAGGUGUGGUGGAUUCAAAUGACCUUCCCCUCAAUGUUUCUCGAGAGAUUCUUCAAGAAAGUCGAAUUCGACUUGUCAGGAAGACAUUUGAUAUGAUUGAAGAGAUUGCGAAAAGGAAGAUAAGGAGGAUUAUAAGAAGUUUUGGGAGAGCUUUGGCAAGUUUAUUAAGCUUGGUUGCAUUGAGGACACAGGAAUCCUGGCGCCUUGCCCCAUUGUUGCGCUUCCACUCUUCUAAAAAUGAGGGAGAUACGAUAAGUCUUGAUCAAUAUGUAGAGAGCAUGCCUGAAAGUCAAAAGGCAAUCUACUACAUCGCUACAGAUAGUCUCCAGAGUGCAAAGACUGCUCCUUUCUUGGAGAAGCUGGUCCAAAAAGAUAUUGAAGUUCUCUACCUUAUUGAGCCAAUAGAUGAGGUUGCCAUUCAGAACUUGCAGACCUACAAAGAGAAGAAAUUUGUGGAUAUCAGCAAAGAGGAUCUGGAAUUGGGUGAUGAAGAGGAAGAGACUAAAGAAACCAAGCAGGAGUUUACUCUCCUAUGCGAUUGGGUUAAGCAACAGCUUGGUGACAAGGUUGCGAAGGUCCAAAUAUCAAAGCGUUUAAGUUCAUCUCCAUGUGUUCUUGUAUCAGGCAAGUUCGGUUGGUCCGCCAAUAUGGAAAGGCUCAUGAAGGCGCAAACACUUGGUGACACAUCAAGCUUGGAAUUCAUGAGGGGAAGAAGAAUUUUCGAAAUCAAUCCCGACCACCCAAUUAUCAAGGAUUUGAGUGCUGCUUGCAAAAAUGAGCCCGAUUGCACAGAAGCCAAGAGGGCUGUUGAGCUCCUAUAUGAGGCUGCUUUAAUCUCAAGUGGAUAUACUUUAAAGAGUCCAGCUGAGUUGGGUGGCAAGAUCUAUGAGAUGAUGGCGAUUGCCCUGGGUGGGAGAUGGGGAAGGUCCGACACGGAGAAGGCCGAGGUAUCAACAGGUGAGGCCAGCGCAGAGGCAGAUUCAUCUGAAGGCACCGUAUCAGAGGUGAUUGAGCCCUCGGAAGUUAGACCCGAGAGCGACCCAUGGAGGGAUUAG